ACCAGCAGCGCAUCUGAGCCAGAAAGCAGCAAGAUCAACUUCCAUCGUUCAGCAGAAUCCAUCACCCUUCUUUCAAAAUGAAGUUCUUCACCAAGCUUUCCCUCGCCGCCCUGGUCUCUCUGGCCAGCUCCGCUUCCCUCAACCUGAACAAGCGCGAGUCUCCUCUCGAUGUCAAACUUGAGAUGGUCGGCAACACUGCCGUCAAGGCCACCGUCACCAACAACGGUGCUACCGACCUUAACCUGCUGAAGAAGGGCACCUUCAUGGAUUCUGCUCCGGUCGAGAAGGUCGAGAUCUACUCUGCUGACUCCCGUGUCGCCUUCGACGGUGUCAAGUUCCGCCUGGCCACCGACAACGUCGCCGAGGAUGCCUUCACGACCAUCGGCGUCGGCAAGACCGUCGAGGUCACUUUCGACGUUGCCGAGAUGCACGACCUGACCACUGGUGGUUCCUACGACCUCCUGGCCCAGGGUGCCAUCCCCUACGCCGAGGCUGGCUCGACCACGCUCGUCGAUGCCCUGCCCUACCUCAGCAACAAGGUCACCGCCAAGGUCGACUCCGCUGAGGCCGCCAAGGUCCGCGCUGCCUUCACCGAGAAGUCCAACAACCUCAAGGUCCGCGCCUCCCUGCAGUCUGACUGCACUGGUACCCGCGGCUCUUCGACCAGGAGCGCCAUGACCAACUGCGUCUCUCUCGCCAAUGCCGCCGCCUCGGCCGCCACCUCGGGCUCCUCGAGCAAGUUCUCUGAGUACUUCAAGACGACCUCGUCCAGCGUCCGCAGCCAGGUUGCCGCUACCCUCAAGAAGGUCGCCAGCGAGUGCGGCAGCACCAGCUCUGGCUACUCCGACUACUACUGCACUGACGUGUACAACUACUGCGAGAGCAACGUCCUGGCCUACACGAUCCCCUCGCAGAGUGUCGUCGUCAACUGCCCGCUCUACUUCAGCGCCCUGUCCGUCCUGACCUCGACCUGCCACGGCCAGGACCAGAGCACCACCACCCUCCACGAGUUCACCCACUUGAGCGAGAUUGCCGGUACCGACGACCUUGGCUACGGCUACAGCGCUGCCACCCGCCUUACCACCAGCCAGGCCCUCAACAACGCCGACUCCUACGCUCUGUACGCCAACGCCAUCCAUGUCGGCUGCUAAGCGCAUCGUGGCGUGUUCCAUGAUAGAAACUGAACGAUGAGGACGACAAGCCAAUACAAGCCAGAUACUGUGGCAGCCAGGCAAAUUUCUUUGUUAUUUAUGUCUUCUUUCGAGCCGAUAGUGCUCAGUGAUGGAACCGAAGGGGGUUUGUAG